AUGUGCGACCAGGCUGUCGUACGGGCCCAGAUCCUGGACAUGACUGCGCCACCAAAAGGAUCUGCAGCACCAUCAGCAGUAGCGGCAGGUCUUGAUGCUCGUAGCCACAAUAGCGCUGCCGCAACUAGCCCCGGUGGCGGCACAGGCAGCGGCGGCACCUCCGCCUCCGCCGACAACGGCAACAGCAAAGCCAGUUUCGUAAAUCUCGUAGAUGCCAUAAACGCAGCCGGCGGCAACAUUGCCAACGUAGUUGGCAUAUUCCGCCCCAGCCCCUCCAACAUGACCGCCGCCGCCAGGUCCAUGGCGCAGACAGGUUGGGAUGGCUUGAAAGGCGGAGAUGGCGGCGGCGGGGAAGGCGGUGGCGGGGAAGCUGGUGGGGGUGGGGGCGGCGGUGAUGGUGGAGGCGAAGGUGGCGGUAAUGGUGGAGGUGAAUCUGAAGGGGCCCCGGAGCCCGAGACUCUGGCGGGGCAGAAGGUCCAGACACUGGCGGAGUCGCAGCAGAAGAUUGAGGAGGCGCGACAACAGAAACAGCAAGCUCGGGAGGACGCCGCCGGCAAGGUGCCGGAUAGGAUCCGUACGGGACUCAACGAGACGGAGUUUGCGAUUUUCCUGGCGGACUUCCGAGCCAAUUUCGGAUCCGGCAAGAACAUCGAGAGCCUCCGGGCCCUAUACCAGGAGACAGACGUGUACAAGGCCAAGGAUUUAGCCACCAAGGUCUACAAUACGCUCAAUUCAGCGGCACAGCUGGGUAUCGCCGCACUGCAGGCGGGUCCCUUCGCCCUGAUUGGGCUCAUCGUGAUCGCGCUGGGCCUCGCGUCUUCCAUCACCUCCCUCGUGGCGGGUAUCCUCUACGCGGCCGGAAGUGCAGUGGGACUGUACGCCGACAUCGACACCGCGAUCAGCACUGGUGGCGGCGGAGCUGGCGGCGGCGGAGCUGGCGGCGGUGGAGCUGGCGGCGGCGGAGCUGGUGGCGGUGGCGGUGGCGGCGGCGGUGAUAUGAGGAGCGGCAGUAACAAGCAGGAGAAAAAGCCCGCCAUAAACUGCUUCGACGUCCAGAAGAAGGCUGCUAAGGGUUGGAUGUACAACACGGCGAAGUACGCCAACGACUUGAACAAGUAUUUGAUGCCGUACGUUUUCCGCGGCGGCGCUGACGGGCUGUUGGCCAUCACCGAGGGCAUCUUGCGGAGUACCAUCAACUUGGCUCGGAUGGUCCAAUCAGCAACCUAG